AUGACAAAACAGAGAAGACGAUUCGUGAACCCUAUCCUAAAUCCUAAUCUCAUCUCUCAACUAUUUGGGGCAAAACCUAAUCUGUCAACCCUAGCGGCGACGAAGGCACUGUGGCAGGCGAGAAGCGUGACCUGCGAGACCAGCGGCGAGAAGCGAGAGUACGAGACCUUCGAGACUGCUGACGGGCGGCGGCUAGGAAGCGAGAUUGCGAGCCGGCGAGCGGUGAGCGGUGACUCAGCGGCACAGAGAGUGACUCCGAGCGGCGAGGCAGCUUCCAUUCCGGUAUACUUCUCAUGUCUCACGAAAUCUGAAGACUUACAAAUAUUCGAAAUGGCAUUGACAUUAUUCAGGGGCGUGAGACCAAAUUGUUUCCAAUUGUACCCAUCAGUAUAUGUUGCUAGAAAACAUGGUGUACUGUACUGUAGCACAAGAGUUCCGGAAGCACAAACGGCCACACAAGAACAAAAGAAACACACUCAGCUUAAAUCAUCACCCCCGAAAAAAUCACAGAAAAUUGAAGAAAUAUUGAAAAAUUAUGAGGCGGUCAUAGGUAUUGAGACUCAUGUCCAGCUUUCCACCCACACGAAGGCCUUCUGCAGCUGCCCUUACAAUUAUGGGGCACAGCCAAACAGCAGUAUCUGUCCAAUUUGCAUGGGGCUGCCCGGGGCAUUGCCAGUGCUCAACUCAAAGGUGAUAGAGUAUGCGGUCAAAGUGGGCCUUGCACUCAGCUGCAGACUUUCUCUGGGCUCCAAGUUUGAUAGAAAGCAGUACUUCUAUCCUGACCUCCCAAAAGGUUACCAAAUUUCGCAGUUUGAUGUCCCUAUUGCCAGCAACGGCUAUUUAGACGUUGAUCUUCCAGUUGAGUUUGGUGGCGGGCAUCGAAAGUUUGGCAUCACACGGGUUCAUAUGGAGGAGGAUGCCGGGAAGCUGCUUCAUACUGGGAGACUGAGUGCAAUUGUUAAAAAAGAAAAGGUGUUUGUCAGCAUCUGCUUGAUAAAAAUUCAAUCUCAGUGUUUCCUGAUAUCAACACCGGCAUAUGAUUCUGGCUUCUGCCCAAAUAAAUCACUUCUUCUACGGGAUAAAUUUUCACAAAUACUUCCUCUUGCUCUCACAUUUCUAAUCAUGAAAAACUUCUGCACAAUGAUUCCUCAGUCGUUUAAUUUUCGCACUAGCAACCUGUUUCAGGCUCAAGUUGACUUGAAUAGGGCAGGAGUGCCGUUGCUUGAGAUCGUGUCAGAACCUGACAUGAGGACGGGUAUUGAGGCCGCCGAAUAUGGUGCUGAGCUACAGAGACUAGUUAGGUACCUUGGAGUGAGUAAUGGCAACAUGCAAGAAGGCUCCCUCCGUUGUGAUGUCAACAUCUCUGUUCGUCCGAUAGGGCAACUCGAGUUUGGUACCAAGGUGAAAUAUUGCUUUGAUCCACUGUUCUUUUACUGCUCAUCUGUCGAGAUAAAAAACCUGAACUCAUUCUCAUCAAUCAGUAGAGCCAUUGAUUUUGAGAUAUCACGGCAAGUUCAGCUUCACAAUCAAGGUCAAGCUAAUCAGAUUGUGCAAGAAACUCGUCUCUGGGAGGAAGGAGCUCAGAAAACAGUAACAAUGAGAAAGAAGGAAGGACUUUCUGAUUAUCGAUAUUUUCCGGAGCCUGAUCUUCCAGGAGUUGAUCUCAGUGAGGAGUACAUUAAUGGAAUUCGUGACUCGUUACCCGAAUUACCUGAAAUGAAACGUAGGAGAUAUGAGAACUUUGGAUUGAGCAUGCCAGAUGUUCUUUUUCUUACAAAUGACGUUGGUGUAGCAGCAUUUUUUGAUGACACAAUUGCAGAAGGUGCUGAUGUAAAACUUGCUGCCAAUUGGAUAAUGGGUGACAUUGCUGCUUAUAUGAAUAAUGAAAAGCUAUCUAUCAACGAAAUUAAACUUACCCCUCAUGAAUUGGGAGAGCUCAUAGCCUCAAUCAAAGGCGGAACAAUUAGUGGAAAGAUUGGCAAAGAGAUACUGCUUGAGUUAAUGGUUAAGGGUGGAACUGUUAAAGGACUUAUCAAAGAAAAGGAUUUGGUUCAGGCAAGUUUUGCUAUUGUGGACCCGGUUGAGAUCGAGAAAAUAGUGGAUAGAGUCCUUGCGGACAAUCCAAAGCAGCUACAACAAUACCAAGGUGGCAAAACUAAGCUACAAGGCUUUUUUGCUGGCCAGGUAAUGAAAGAAACAAAUGGCAAGGCGAAUCCCGGGCUUUUGAACAAGAUACUUCUCGAGAAGUUGAAUUCAAAAGCUUGAUCAAUAGGCGCUUAUUCUAAUCUAUUUUUCUAGGAAAACCAUAGUUUCUUGGGAUUAUGUUGAAUACGUCUGUUUUGCACUGUAAAAUUUCUUGAUCUUGGGGAAUUUGUGGUGAACUUGUUCUUUAACAAUAGUGAAGAGAAUUGAAAUUAUUGAUUUAUCUGUUGGCUAUUUUGGUGAGAUUAUUGAAUUGGGAAUACCAUAUUCUUUCUAGCUAUCCAGAAACAUUGUCAUUUAUAUUCGCUAACG